CCCCAUCUCGCGACCGAAGGCGCGACGAUCGGUACAGCGAAGAUAGCCACAGCGACUCUGACUCCGAUAGCCGCCGGGCUGCAAGGAGAAGGAGACAGCGUAGCCGCAGCCGACUCGACUCGAACUACUAACGAUUUUACGUUCCCACUAAGUGCGUUGCCUUGUCAUUGCAGUGGUUAUUUCUUUUGUCGGCUUGGCUGUCUUUGUUUAUGAAUCCUUUGAUGGGUCUUUCAAUCACGACUUUACGAAUCAUGACGGCUAGAGCAAAGCUUUGUGUCAGACUUGGGUGGGCUUGGCAUGGUAUUCGGCUUGCCUUCCUUACAACUCGUCUAGCGGUAGCACAAUUUACCGCAGUUUACGCGAUUGGCAUCGCCGGAGCAUCUCCGACGGCAACAACGGCUGAGUCGCAUGGCCUUGAGACUGCAAGUGGGGAAGAGACAAGUCAUGCAGCUGCGCUUCCUGGUCUUUGGGUUGAAUUGCGGUUUGACAAAGGAUUCUUCGGCAUUGUACAUUACAAUCAACAGCAUCAACCAUUUGCCACGUACCAUCCUUGCUGCAUCUGCACGAGAAAAAUUGCGUCUCAAGUUUUGCACGCCGAAUCCUCCCGCGAUGGCAGCUUCGCCGGCUCGCUGCGUGAGGCACAUGGUAUACCACUGCUCGGAAGAUACACUAGCGCUUCAAACGCGAACGCUUCGUCUCGGGUGCUAACGCUUCUAGUCUGUUUCCAAAGCUCUUUUAGGACGUUGUUCACCUUCCAGAAGAACAGCUAGCUCCGCCGCGUGAGCCUCAGUGGGCCAAAACCCCCCAUGUGUUCUUGGUCGUGGUCGCGUGAAACAUGAUCGAUCACCGGAGGUGGGCCCGUGGAUGCGGAAGGGGCGUGUGUGGCGCGCGCGUCAUGGCGUGCAGUCUUUGUCGCGAGGAUAUAGA